AUGACGGCCAAACCGGAUGUCGCCUUCAUCGGCCUCGGUGCCAUGGGCUUCGGCAUGGCCACCCACCUGGUCAAGCAGGGGUAUGCCGUGACGGGCUUCGACGUGUGGCAGCCAACACUCGACAAGUUUGCGGCCGCCGGCGGGCAAACUGCGACGACGCCGGCCGCGGCCGUGGCGGGAAAGAGUGUCUGCGUCUGCAUGGUCGCGACGGCCCAGCAAGCACAGCAGGUCCUCGUCGAGGGCGAGGCCGCCGCCGCCGCUGCUCUGCCGCAAAACGCCGUCAUUCUCCUCUGCUCGACGGUCCCGUGCGGCUACGUCCAGUCGCUCGCCGCCGCGCUGGCCGACCCACAGGGCCCGGUGCGCCGGCCGGACCUGCUGCUCGUCGACUGCCCCGUGUCGGGCGGCGCCGCCCGCGCGGCGGAUGGCACGCUGUCCAUUAUGGCCGGCGCCUCGCCGGACGCCCUCGCCAACGCGGCCGGCCGCACCGUCCUGGCCGACCUCGCCGACCCAGCGCGUCUGUACUACCUCGUGGGCGGCGGCAUCGGCGCCGGGAGCAACACCAAGAUGGUCCACCAGGUGCUCGCGGCCAACCAGAUCCUGUCGGGGCCCGAGGCCAUGGGCCUGGCCGUGCGCCUCGGCCUUCCCGCCAACACGGCCACGCUCGAGGCGCUGCUCCAGUCGCCCGGCCGCAGCUGGAUGUUUGGCCACCGCGGGCCGCGCAUGGUCGACGGCUCCCAGCCGCUGGCGAGUGCCGUCAACAUCAUCGUCAAGGACACGGCCAUCAUCACGAGCGAGGCGCGCCGCGCGGCGUUCCCGGCGCUCAUGACCAGCGUCGUCGAGAACGUCUUGUACACGGCCGUGAACCGGGGGUUCGGCGGCAAGGACGACUCGCAGCUGCUGCAGCUGUACACGGAGGGCGUGCCGCCGCCGACUGCAAACGCAGCGUCACCCGACGCCUCCCUGCGGCUCGUCACCCAUCUGCUCAAGGGCAUCCACCUCGUGUCGGCCGCCGAGUCGCUGGCGUUUGCGCACCACGUCGGCCUCGACCUCGACCUGGUGCUGGACCUGUGCAUCAAUGCCGCGGGCGGCAGCGCCAUGCUCGAGACCCACGGCCCGGGCAUUGUAGCCGUGCUGCGCAACGAGUCGGCACCACCACCCAAGGGCGACGCAUCGGCGGCCACUGAGUCUCUCGGCGAAAUUUACAACAAUCUGGCCCAGGUCGUCGACGCCGCGCAGGCGAUCAAGGCGCCGAUCCACCUGGGUACGCAGGCACUCAACCUUCUGCGCCUCGCGCUGCGCAAGUCUGGUUCCGAGAGCGUGCCAGCCGCUGCCGCCGUGAACGUGUGGAUAGGAUAG